GUAACGAUAAAGCGACCAUUUAUAAAAAUAACUUUUUUUAAUCAUAUUUUCUCCAAUGUCGCCUACUUCAGCUUUAAAGGCUGACUCACAUUUAUUCAAGUCUGAAGAUUCCUAUAAGCCGUACUUGGAAAAAUGUGAAUGUGAGUCUUUACGCUGUGUCUACUGCAUGGCAACCCUUCCUAUUAGUCACACUAAGUAGUGGGUAAUUUCAAGUUAAGUACAAAACAGGGAUACGUAAUUUACCAAAUAAUUAAAGCCAUUACACCAGACAGGAAAACACUUAGCACAUGGUGAUUUAGUUAAAACACUAAUUGUAUGACUCAUCAGUUAAAGUAAUUACAAUGUAGGAUUAAGAGGGGAAAAGUGUCUAAUUGUAUACUUUCAAGGAUUCCCUUAAAUUGAAAUAAUAAAUGAGAUUAGAUCCUUUCUAUUCUUUCCACCUCAGCUGAAAUAUUUUUCAUGUUAUUUCUUAUUAUUCUCACAAAGUACUUUGGCUGUGAAUGAACCAUUGCAAAUAUCAGUCAUGUUGAAUUUUACUUUAAGUAUUUUUUUUAGAGCAUGUUCCCCGGAAACGGGGCUAGAUCCACAAGAUAAUGUAAGUUACACAUAAGUUUUGGUAUGGUUCGGACUGAAAAAGCUUUCUCAUGUUUUGUCUGUGUUGUCUAAAGGACUUGCAUUUGUGAUUUAAGUCUUUUUGAUGUCUGUGAAUCUUCUAGACGAAGUCCCUGAGCGUUAUCUGCUGGAGAAAACUUCUCAGUCAUUCUCAAUCGGGCUCUUGUGCCCUGUGCUUCAAUCAAGCUGUAUUUCAAUCCAUCCUUUCAUCGCACCAUUCGCCACGGUGUCCGGCUGAUGUCAAUCCGCCCCAGGAAAGGAACUUCUUGGAUGGACUGACUGGUCUCUCGGCGUCCCUUACUCAAUCAGCCACCAUGGAGGAGCUCCAGAGAAAACUGAAUCAACGCUAUGAAGGCACCAAGCCCAGAAAGGUGCGGUUCAAGCUGGCGUCGUCCUACAGCGGCCGGGUGCUGAAGCACGUGUACGAGGACGGUCAGGAGCUGGACAGUCCAGAGGAGAAAUACCCUCACAGCUUCGUCCACCGCAAGAUCCCUCCCAGCCACUUGGAGGUGGAGCAGCUCUGUGGGUUUGAGGAUGCUCACGGGGACCAACCGGGAGCCUAUCCUCCAACAGGGCUCAUUGCCCAGAGAAUAAACGUGUACAGAGGGAUGGGAAGCUACAAGCCAGCUGCAGGCCAGACGGACGGCGCAGAGGGAGACGCCAAAUCCUCAGUGUUGGACUUUGGCAAGAUAAUCAUCUAUACCAGCAACCUGCGCAUCAUCAGAGCGCCACCGAGGAAGCCUGAAGUGGUGCGGCACCUCACGGUGCCUCCUGUGGACUUAGAGGGAUACCCAAAGGCCAGGGAGAGGGGGAGCAGGAGGAGGGCUAAAGCUCUUUGUAUACAGGACGGGGAGGAAAAGGAGGAGAAACAGAUCAGCGACACAGAGAACAAGGAGGCCGACAGCUGCCAGCAUUGUGGCGGUUCGGGCUGCGCUCCCUGCUCUCUGUGUCACGGCAGCAAGCUGUCCAUGCUGGCGAACCGCUUCAAUGAGUCCAUCAGUGAUCUGCGUUGCCAAGCCUGCUACCCCCAUGGUCUGGAGAAGUGCCAGUCCUGCUCCAGCAAAUAGCACCGUUUGGCUGACACCCAUGUCUGGCAGAGAGAGAGAGAGAGAGAGAGAGAGAGAGAGAGAGACAGUGAAUGAGUGAGUGAACGAGUGUGUAGCUGUGAGUGAGUGCACGCCCGAUGUGCUAUGGGUUUGUCACAAUUGUCUCAGCGGCAAUAUCGCUCCAAUCCAAAGUGUUCUUGGUGGGGCGUUUCGGAGCACUACUAGGAAACAUAAGCCAUCAUUGGAAAGGGGAAUUAUAAACUGUGCAGCGGGCACAAAAUCGUAAAAUACAAUUACUGUGUGCAGUGAACAUGGCUUGCGAUAACACAAACACAUAAUCACUUUUUUGUUGUCACAUUAUUUUGCAUCUGCGCCCCUUCUUCCUGAUAAAACCGGGUUCCACGACAGAGUUAUCAGUUUUAUUAAAACGAUGCAAACGUAUUGCUUUUUAUUUUCAUCUACUGGGAAUGCUGCCCUGUAAACUAUAUCCCCUCUAUAUUCACCAGAGGGAAUAAACUCUUUUACAUCCCAACAUGAUGUACUGUAUGAGGGUAACUGAUGCUUUCCUUAAAGCCCUUCUGGGAGAUAAAGAGUCAAAAGGAGACAAUUGCAUAAAUGGUAACAAAAUAAAUUGAAUUUGAUCAAUGAUUAAUGUGCACUCCAACAAACAAUGGCGAUAUGCGUAUAUAACAGUUAAAUAAAUGACAAUAUUACUGUAGGCAAUUCUUUUUUUUAUUGAUAAUCUCAUUCUCAGGUUAUUUGUUUUCAAAUUUUUACCCACACAGUUUUGGUAUAUGAAUGAAAUAAAUCACCUAAUACAUUUUUCAA